UUGGGCAAUGAAAAUCAAACGACGACAGCCGCGAUGCGUUUGGAUCGAAUUGCCCCGAACGAUCGAAGCGCUAGACGAACGAAGAGCGGCGGGAAGCAGCAAGAAAUUUGUGCGUGAGAUCUGCGCCCUAGCCGCGGAAGAGAAAAUGGGAAUGGGAAGGUGGUUGAAACUAGCUGUGCUGGUAGGAAUCAUAGGGAUUUUGAGAGAAUUGAUAAAGAAUUAUGGAUGGGACAAGGACGCAGCUAUUCAGAUAUUGAGAGAUCAGUAUGAUAAAUUGGGUAUUUGGGCCAUCCCUCUGUACGUCACUAUACAUACACUUUCCAUUGCUCUCUGUUUGCCUUCUUCUGUUUUCUUGGAAGCCGCCGCUUCUCUGCUAUUUGGUUUCGUCCCAGCCCUGCUCUGUGUCUUCUCAGCCAAGGUGCUCGGUGCUUCUCUCUCUUUUUGGAUCGGCAGGAUAAUUUUCAGAAGUUCGAGCUCAGCAGUAGAGUGGGCUCAAAGAAACAAAUAUUUUCAUCUCCUGUCUAGAGGAGUUGAGCAAGAUGGUUGGAAAUUUGUUCUCCUUGCUCGCUUCUCUCCUUUGCCCUCCUAUGUUGUUAACUAUACACUAGCUGCUACCAAAGUAGGGUUCUUGUUGGAUUUUCUGCUUCCCACUGUUAUUGGAUGCAUCCCAAUGAUCUUGCAGAAUACUUCUCUUGGAAGCCUUGCUGGUGCUGCUGUUGCUUCAGCCUCUGGAUCUAAGAAAUCUCCUAUAUGGUCUUACCUGCUUCCAGUAUUUGGUAUACUAUCUAGCGUGCUUAUUUCUUUGAGAAUUAAGAAGUACUCAAAGUCACGUUUCAAUAACUAAAAUCAUUCCAUUCAAAGAUAAUCCUUUUGACUUAUGGCGAACCUUAUCUGGUAGCGAACAAAUGACUUGAUAUUCAUAUUUGGCCUCUGAUUUGUUUAGUUA